UAGUGACGUAGUACACGUAUUGUGUUGGCAUAUUGCAGCACUUCGUGCAAAACUCAGACAAGCAAACAGCAAAGAUUUUACAGCAAAUUUUAGUAGAUUUUUACAAUGGCAGAUGAUGCAGCAGUUGUUGACUUAAAGGCAGGACACCCUCCAGCUGUUAAAGUUGGAGGUAUGCGUGUUGUUCAACACAAGAAGGAAGGGGACAAAAAUGAACCUCCCACCAUGACUCCAGAGGAGGAAGCUGAAUUUGGCUCCAGCCCACCAAAGACAGACAAACACCAUCAGUCCCUUUUAAUCUCUGGUGUUGUGACUAAGGGAGACAAAGAUUUUACUCCGCAAGCGGUCAAAAGUUUUCACGAGAAGCCCCUCCCACAGCAUGACGUCAGGCCACGCCCUACUCAGCACAGCAUGAAAAUCCAGCAGCCCAAGUAAAUGUUUUGGUUCUAGACUUACAUCAAUUCUUAUAAGUUUUUUUCCUGAUUACGGUCAAACAAAUGCUUGUGGAAUUGAGCAGAUGAAUCAAGUUCAAAGUUUGGUUCAGUCAAGUGAAAAGAUCCUGUAAUAUGGUAUCUUAAUAUUUUGUGUUUGAAAAACUUGAACUAUGUCAGUGUUUGAGUGGAAUUGAAGUGUUUUCUGUGUAACUAUUUUCUUGGUAUAUUUGCUUUUUUUUAAAGCAGUUUACCAAGGUUUUAUUUGUAAUUUAAAUAUUAUUGUUUUAAUAUUUUGUGGAGCAUAUGUAUGUUAACAUAACAGCAUUGUUGUUAAGUACUAAAUGAAAUUUUGGCCUUGUUCUUUCAUUUCCAUACUAAAAGGAAAUAUGUGUCUGCGACUGAAGAUAUUUUUCUGGUGAAGGUACUAGUAGUAUAUGAUAAGGUGUUUGGGAUUAUGCAAUCUAUUCUAGUUAUGUGUAGAAAGGUAACUGUGACUAAUUUGUAUUUCAACACAUUAACAUUGGGAAAGAGGUGUAUUUUAAAAUUGUUAAUAUUUUAUUACUGAUCAAUAGUUAAAUUUUUUUAGUACUUCAUUAGUUGGUUAUGAGGAGGGAAAACAUUCCUUCAAGAAAUUCAUUUUACAAUUUAAAAUCUUGCAGGUAGAUUUUUUCGUAAAAAUCUUUUUAGCUAAUAAUUCAAUAACAUUUCUUAUUGUUGUCGCCCUUUUUAACACUACUCUUUCAAGGGCUAAUAUAAAGAAAAAAUAUUUUUUGUAACUCAUAUCAUGCAUAAUAAUGUUUUUAAUUUUACAAUGUUAGAAAUUUCAAAAACUAGUUGUGUUGCUUUUUUGAUUUAAAAAAUAUUAUAGAGUUUAUAGUCAGAGUUGAACAGUUUUUUUAUAUGUAAAAAUAAUAGGAUAGAUGUACUGCAACAUUUUUAUUAUGACUGUCAUAAAAUGUUUUUUUUUCUUUGAAGCUGUUUCCAGUGAAUUUGUUUUCACAUGGAAAUAGAUUGUUUUUUCCCAUAUUUGUCUCAAAAAAUUGCUGGAAUCUUUCAGUGUGAUUUUAAAGUUUGAUUACUUUGUGUAAAAUCCUUGUAGUAUAUUUUUACUGAGUAAAAUUGCUGCUUACAUUUUUUUUGAAAAAUCUAGCAGUCUAGUUAAAGCUGUAAUAAAUCACAAAGUAUAGGUGGUUACUGCUGCCUAUUUAUCUACAAGAUAACCUAAACUACUUUAUAAAUAAAAAAAUCUGUAUAUUCAUAUUUUGUAACAAAAGUACAACAAACCACUAAAUGUUUUAUGCUUAUUAUCUUAGCAACUUUCCAGCUAUUAAAAUAAUUUCCAGGUCAGCAUUUAAGUGUAGUUAUUAGUAUCUUGUUUUAGUUGCUUUUUUCUGUUGUCACACCUGUUAUUAAACACAUUUUAAAAUCU